AUGGAUGUUGAGUUCUCGGGGCCAAAGAUGAAAAUGACCAUCCAGAAUGCCAACAUCUGCUACUACAAGUUCUGUACAAAGAAAGGCACUAUAUUUUGUGACCAGUGUGGAGAUGAGGAGUAUGCUGAUGUAAAACAUAGCCUUCAACAUUGUCAGCCGUGUCGUCGUUGUGACACUGUGGAAACUGAAAUUGUUAAAAGUGAAUGUACACCUCUAAACAACCGGGAAUGCAGCUGCAAAGAUGGGUUUUACUUGGAUCACAGCUCACCUGCACUGUCCUGCAAAAAUUGUGGAAAGUGUGAAAACUGUACAAAAUGUCCUACAUGUAUAAACUGUGGUGCUUGUAAGGGCGGUCAGUUCUUGGAUCAAAAAGGGAAUUGCCGGUCAUGUCUAGAGAACUAUUGUCUGGACAAAUCCUGUCACCCCUUUUGUAAACGAGUGCAUCCUCCUAGCUCAACAUGGCUCGUGGUAUUUGUGAUCAUCCUGACCGUGUUGCUAUUGUUAGGACUUCGUCUUCUCCCCUUUAUUUGUAAGGCCUGUAAAAAAAGACAGUUUUGUUGCUGGGGGCAAAAGAAGGAAAAUAUAAAUGUUGGACAAAAUGAAGUUCCACUGAAUCCACCGACCUUACCAGUUGUAUCCAAUUACUCUAAUUCUGUUAUGCUUCACCUCUACCGAUACAACCCUAUGGGAAUCCUGAAAAACCAAAUGUACAGGAUUGAGGUGGAGAAGGAGACCUGGCCAUCGGCUGUGCUGUAUGCUAUCAUCAAACAGGUUCCUGUACGUCGUUGGAAGGAGUUCUUGCGGCUGCUUUCUGUCUCGGAUGAUCAGAUGGAGAGGGUGGAGAUGGAGGAAAAGCUCUAUUCAGAGCAGCAGUACAUGAUGCUGCGUCUCUGGAGCCAGAAGAGCGAUGCUAACCUGGAGAACAUCUACUCUACACUACAUUAUAUGGACUUGUCAGGCUGCAUAGAAGAACUGAAGGAGAAGAUUCAGGAGCUGGAGGAGACCCACCUGGUUUAG